AGGGGCUCACACGUGUGCUGCGUGCCCAAAGCUCUGUCCUCCAUCUACUUGUCUGUUAUCGACCAUGUCGCUGCAGCAAGAGGCUGAAACUCUGAGGCAAAAGACCGAUGAUCUCCUCGCAGCGGGGGGUAACCUGGCGGUGUUAACUCUUAGAGGCGUCAAUGCCACGGCUGAUUGGUGUCCACCCCUAAAGCGUGCGACUGGUGCUGCACUUUUCAUCUUCGACGACGUUAAAAAGUUCAAGGAGAACGCAAAGGAAUGGACUGAUUUCGGUGAAUACGUAGCGAGCGCCAUGGCCAAGGUAUCUUCAGCCAUAAAGUCCGAUGAUGUGUCAGCGGAAGAGGCAAAGCCAUGGGUGGAAAGUGCCACAAAGCUUGAUGGCGCGCUACAGAAGAUUAAGUCCGAAAUUGAAGGACGGGAAAAAGUAGAAAAACGAUCGGCUAUCAGAAAAACAUUCUUCUACUGGAGAGACCCGGGAAGAAUUGAUGGCCUGAAGAAAGAUCUUGACAAAGCAUUGGCAUCGUUUCAGCUUAGCACGAACUUGAUAACUGGCUCCAAAUUAGCGGCCAUAGAACGCGGCCUACAUGAUGACAAGAUUCUCGAUAAUCUCCGAUACCUUCAUCUUGCCCAUGAUGAUUCCCCUCAGGUGUGCCUGAAAGACACUAGGGUUGAUCUCAUUGAGCGUAUCAUGACAUGGUGCCGCAACACUGGGGAUAGCGAGAACCGGCUAAUGCUGUUGACUGCCGUGGCCGGCGCUGGCAAGACUUCGAUUGCACUCACGAUAGCAGAGCGAUGUGCUAGCGAAGGGGAUGUUACCCUGUUACUGCAGUUCUUCUUUAAAGCGGGCGAACGGUCGCGGCCUGAUUUUCUGUUCAGCGGCAUGGCUCGAGCUUUGGCAGACCAUGACCCCGUUUACCGCACUUUCAUUACCUCUGCUCUUCAAAACGACCCUAGUCUUGCAACAGCUUCAUUCACGACGCAGUUCAAGAAAUUGGUCGCCCCGUCUCUCCUCCACAAACCUCCACCUUCCAAUCGUCCUAUGGUGAUCAUCAUUGAUGCUUUAGAUGAAUGUGACAAAGAGGCGUUCGAGUCUCUUGCCGAAAUUCUUGGGGAGGAAGUGCCCAGGCUACCAUCUUCCAUAAAAUUCUUCAUCACAUCGAGACAAUUUGAUCUCGUGAAUCGCUACCUUUCCCCCAAUUACCCUAUUGAUCGUCUCACUAUUGAUCUCUCGGAUGAAGCAAAUGCGCAGGAUUGUGCUAGAUUCAUACGCUUCCAGCUGCAAAAGCUAAAGAUGUUACAUCGGGAUUUACAGCGCAAUCUCCAGGAUGAGGAUAAAAUGGUACAGGAGAUCUCGGAACGAGCAAAUGGGUUGUUUAUCUGGAUCAGUACCAUCUUUCGCUACAUGAAGACGACCAACCAGAAUCCUAUGAGGACACUAAAAAACUUGUAUACAAGCAUUUUGAAGAAGUGUGCUUGGGAGGAUGAAGAUUUCGCACACGAUUACCCAAUCGUGAUGGGAGCAAUCUUCGUUGCUCAGCAGCCUCUGUCCAUCACAGCCUGGGACUCAAUUCUGUUGCCUUUCCUCAAGUCUUCUGUUCGAUAUGCGUUGGCCGAACUCGCCCCUCUGCUCUCAGGAGUUGAGGAUUCCCUGAUUCCGGUUCGCAUCUUACACCAAUCUUUCCGCGAUUUUAUUGUCGAUCGGAUUGAUCCCCAAUCAGUCAGCUCUCGUUGCGCUCCCAUAGCUGUUGGGGCAGAUAAUGCCAGGGUUGCCCUGCGAUGCACUGAGAUUUUGAAUGAGGGUCUCUGCUCUGUAGAGGGCUUAGGCCUGAUUGAAAACUUGUACGAAAAAGAUGAAAUGCCGCAUAUUCCUCAAAAGGAGCUAUCUGAGCACUUUCGUUAUGCAUGUCGACACAUUGUCCAUCACCUCAGUGGAGUCGAGGAACCCUCUGAGGAGCUUGCUGGGCUGGUUAGUAUGUUUCUGGGUCAGCAAGCAACUCGGUGGGUGGAAGUCUGUGUGAGAAUGGAAAGCUACGUCAGGAUCUCGUUACUCCCUGAGUGGGCUAAGUUGGCUGUUGUCCACAAGUCGGAAGACGCUGUCAGCACACUGGCUAAUGUGCUUGCCCGGCUUCACCUCAAUUUGGGAUUUUUUUCCAGAUUCCAGGAGGCAUAUGAGGCAGCAAAUGAUUCUGUUGUACUCUGCCGUUACCUUUUUUCUGUGGACUCAAGUUCCUACACCCUGGAUUUGGCCACAUCACUCAACAAUCUAUAUAAUGCUCUUUCGGAUCUUGGACGACACUCGGAGGCGCUCCCAUUCAUUGAAGAAAGCGUCAUACUCUACCGCCAGCUAGUUGCCAUUAACCCAGGAUCAUACACCCUGGAUUUGGCCAGGUCACUCAACAAUCUAUAUAAUGCUCUUUCGGAUCUUGGACGACACUCGGAGGCGCUCCCAUUCAUUGAAGAAAGCAUCAUACUCUACCGCCAUUUAGUUGCCAUUAACCCAGGAUCAUACACCCCGGAUUUGGCCAUGUCACUCAACAAUCUACAUAAUGCUCUUUCCUAUCUCGGACGGCACUCAGAGGCACUCCCAUUCAUUGAAGAAAGCGUCAACCUCCGUCGCCAGCUAGUUGCCAUUAACCCAGGAUCAUACACCCCGGAUUUGGCCAGGUCACUCAACAAUCUGUACAAUGCUCAUUCCUAUCUCGGACGGCACUCGGAGGCACUCGGAUUCAUCAAAGAAAGCAUCAAACUCCGUCGCCAGCUAGUUGCCGUUAACCCAGGAUCAUACACCCCGGAUUUGGCCAACUCACUCAACAAUCUAUAUAAUGCUCUUUCCGAUCUCGGACGGCACUCGGAGGCACUCCCAUUCAUCGAAGAAAGCGUCAAACUCCGUCGCCAGCUAGUUGCUGUUUACCCAGGAUCAUACACCCCGGAUUUGGCCAUGUCACUCAACAAUCUACAUAAUGCUCUUUCCUAUCUUGGACGGCACUCGGAGGCACUCCCAUUCAUUGAAGAAAGCGUCAAACUCUAUCGCCAGUUAGUUGCCAUUAACCCAGGAUCAUACACCCCGGAUUUGGCCAUGUCACUCAACAAUCUACAUAAUGCUCUUUCCUAUCUUGGACGGCACUCGGAGGCACUCCCAUUCAUUGAAGAAAGCGUCAAACUCCGUCGCCAGCUAGUUGCUGUUUACCCAGGAUCAUACACCCCGGAUUUGGCCAUGUCACUCAACAAUCUACAUAAUGCUCUUUCCUAUCUUGGACGGCACUCGGAGGCACUCCCAUUCAUUGAAGAAAGCGUCAAACUCUAUCGCCAGUUAGUUGCCAUUAACCCAGGAUCAUACACCCCGGAUUUGGCCAUGUCACUCAACAAUCUACAUAAUGCUCUUUCCUAUCUCGGACGGCACUCAGAGGCACUCCCAUUCAUUGAAGAAAGCGUCAACCUCCGUCGCCAGCUAGUUGCCAUUAACCCAGGAUCAUACACCCCGGAUUUGGCCAGGUCACUCAACAAUCUUUACAAUGCUCAUUCCUAUCUCGGACGGCACUCGGAGGCACUCGGAUUCAUCAAAGAAAGCAUCAAACUCCGUCGCCAGCUAGUUGCCGUUAACCCGGGCUCAUACACCCCGGAUUUGGCCAGCUCACUCAACAAUCUAUAUAAUGCUCUUUCCGAUCUCGGAUGGCACUCGGAGGCACUCCCAUUCAUCGAAGAAAGCGUCAAACUCUAUCGCCAGCUAGUUGUUGUUAACCCAGGAGCAUACACCCCAGAUUUGGCCAACUCACUCAACAAUCUACGUAAUGCUCAUUCCUAUCUCGGACGGCACUCGGAGGCACUCCCAUUCAUCGAAGAAAGCGUCAAACUCCGUCGCCAGCUAGUUGCCGUUAACCCAGGAUCACACACCCCGGAUUUGGCCAGCUCACUCAACAAUCUAUGUAAUGCUCUUUCCGAUCUCGGACGGCACUCAGAGGCACUCCCAUUCAUUGAAGAAAGCGUCAAACUCUAUCGCCAGCUAGUUGCCAUUAACCCAGGAUCAUACACCCCGGAUUUGGCCAGGUCACUCAACAAUCUUUAUAAUGCUCUUUCCUAUCUCGGACGGCACUCGGAGGCACUCCCAUUCAUUGAAGAAAGCGUCAACCUCCGUCGCCAGCUAGUUGCCGUUAACCCAGGAUCAUACGCCCCGGGUUUGGCCAUGUCACUCAACGAUCUACGUAAUGCUCUUUCCAAUUUGGGACAGCACUCGGAGGCGCUCCCAUUCAUCAAAGAAUGUGUCAAAAUGCAGCACCAGCUAGGCCUGCCUUCGAUCCCCGAGCUGUCUGACCUUAAAACGGAGUUCCUACCACCACCACCCACUGACAGCUCGAUGGAUUUAUUCCUAGACUCACAUAACCUUGAUGGACAGAUCUCUUUCGAUUGGAGUGUUAAUGAGGUGGAAUCAACAGGGGAAGGCAUGUACCAGGGCGGCAGAGUCCGGAUUGAGACGUUGCAUGAAAUCGACCUCUUGGACCGGGCCAUGCUGGACAGCUUUGUGAAGGCUAGUCAUGUGCGACACCAGUUGGCGAUCUUGCGUGAGCUAUCACACCCAAAUGUUGUCAGAUUUCGAGGGUGGAUAUCUGACCUAGUGGGUGGGUCUCUGCUUCGCGCCAGCAUAGCUUUCACUGGCUGCUCUGGCGGGAACAUACUUCCGUACCUCCACGUGCAGGGCAAUGCAAAUCGGCACAAUCUGGUUUUGGAUAUUUCUAGGGGUCUCGAGUUUAUUCAUUCGAGAAAGAUUGUUCAUGGAAACCUGAAUCCAAGCAAGAUUUACGUCAACGAGAGCAAUGGAGAUCCUUUUGCCCAGAUUAGCGGAUUCGAGUAUUCGUAUAUUCUCACUAAUGCUCAAACCAAUUCGGGAAUGGAAGGAAUGCGCCCCAUACGGUACUCAGCCCCGGAGGUGUUACGUCCAGACGCGGUCCUAUGGGACCAGAAAAGCGAUAUCUGGUCGUUCGGAUGUACAUCAUUAGAGAUACUUCGUGGAGAGCGUCCUUACAGCACUAUUCUCAAUGACUGGUAUAUCCCCUUAUUGGCUCCAGAGCACGGUUCCCCUUAUGCAUGGAGGGACCCAGGCAAGUUUGAGUGGGUGUUGCAUGACUGUCUUAAGCGUGAUCCCGAUGGGUGGGACUCUGCCGAACGGAUAAUGCUCAAGCUCCAGGCGGCUGAAGACGCUAAAUCCCCCUAUUCUGACUUACGACAUGAACUAUUACAGCAGGAUGAGCGCGAUCUCACAGAGAAAAUCAAGUUUGAGGAUACGCUUGAUUUUCAAACAGAUUCUGGUGCCAUAUAUAAAGGCAGCUAUGAUGGGAAAUAUGUUGGUAUUAAAGAGAUCAGAGUCUCGGAUGCUGAUUCGAUCAAGAGUCUGAAACGACAAAUUCGACUCUGGAGCGGCUUAUUACAUCCCAAUUUGGUGAGCUUCCAUGGAUGGGCGAUGAUUAACAAGGAGGAUACAUGGAGGGUGAAUUUUAUCUCGACUUGGUGUGGUGGGGGCAAUAUCAGGACAUACUUGCGAAACUACCCCCACGCAAAUAAACAUGAUCUGGUACUCGACAUUGCACUGGGACUCAGUUAUCUUCACUCGGAAGAGAUUGUCCAUGGGGACAUCAAACCGGAAAACAUAUGGAUCGGGAAUCGAGGUCGAGCCUAUCUCAGUGGCUUUGAGUUUUCGUACCAUGUCAACAGUGGUGGCAUUCCCUUGCAGAUACUGCGCAACAAUCCAACCUUCGUUUUCGGUCUCCCGAGCUACUGGUUAACAAGCAGCAAAUUCCCAACCAGAAGAGCGACAUCUGGGCUUUUGGGUGUGUUUCUGCUGAGAUUCUUUUCAGCAGGGAACCGUAUUCGGCGAUUGGCGACCAGGAGCUCAUGUCCACUGUGGCACGCUUUCAACCGCCUUAUGAACGGAGCCAUCCUGACUCGCUUGUGGGUGUCAUAGGCAAGUGCUUUGCCUUCACUCCGGAGGAAAGGACUAGCAUCAGUGAGGUCGUGGAGGCAUUCGAGUUUGUACUGGUGCAAGAGCCCUCCUGAUAUUUAGGUUUCGAUGCACAGUCCUGAUGCACCAUUCACUGCUCUACAAUUUCAGGCACGAUGUUCAUAGCAGAAUGGGGUCACCAAAAUCAUAGUUAUAGAUCCCUCCAGCAAGAGUGUAGUUAGGCGGUGCUGAAUGCAGUUGCAGCAGCAUCAAGUGAAGAUGGUGCAGGACCUUAACCGAGCAGCGGUAUAUGGCACAUACUGAACUGAUGAUCCCCUCCUGUACUCAG